GCGCAGCGAGGUUAAAGUUACAAAAAUCAUCGCAAAAUGCAAACGUCCGGGAGCUGUUUGAUAACGUUGCUGAUCUAUUGCAGCACCAUUUGGCUGGCUGGAUGCACGCAGGCUGAGCUGCCAGCAGGCAUGGGCGUGUCCAAUAGCAUUGCUGCACCCGGACAGCCUUUGUACUAUCUGAUGGCCGAUACGGGCUCCAGUGUGGGUCCCAAUGAUGAGCUCAAGCGCACAAAUCGCUCGCUCAUGAAGUGGUGGGACGAUUUGUUUGGUCAAAACAAUUGCUGCAACAACAACAACAAUCCGUUGUACAACAACUACUUGCCGCCAAUCGGUAAUAACAACAACUGCAAUGGCUUGCAAUUACAUGGCUUGGAUGCCAUUGAUCCCUUCAAGCAAAUGAAACUGUUCAAGAAACUGCCCGAUCUGUGGGGCAACAGCUGUGUAGGUCCGUGUGGCCAGUGUGGUGGCCAGCAACCUACCAACAAUUAUGCAGCACCAGUUAAUCCUGGUUAUGCGCCAGCACCAGUGGCUCCUGUGGACUAUAAUCAGGCACCAGCAGCGAUUCCUAGCAGUGGCGUCUACGAUCCAUCCGACGGUCCUGGCGAUGGGGAUGCGGGCUAUGUGGCACCAGUAGCACCGCCACCAGCACCGGUAGACUAUGAGGCACCAGAGCCUGCACCGCCUAGCUAUGAGACGCCCGCACAGCCAGCGCCCUAUGAACCUGUUGAUCCGCCAGCUCCUGAGAGCUACAGCAAAGUAGACGAUUAUGCGAAACCUGCACAACAACAGCAACAACAACAACCACAAAUCGUUUAUCAGCCCAUCAUUUAUCUAUCGGCAUCGCCCGCUGUCAAAGAUGAGCUCCAAUACAAGCUGAAGCAGCCGGAACAAAGCUAUGAUAACCAACCAGAGGCACCACCGCAGCAAGCUUAUGAGCCGCCACCACCACAAAUUGAAUUGCCAACUUAUGCGCCAGCUCCAGCUCCUGCUCCAGCUCCGGCUCCAGCUCCACCUCCAGCUGUUACUUGCAAUGCGCCUGCCUGUGGUGGUUAUCUGCCCCUUUUGGGCGUGCCUCUCUAUGGCUAUCCCGCACCAGCACCACCACCACCUGCUCCAAUCUAUGCAGCUCCUCCUGCACCAAUCUAUGCAGCUCCCCCACCACCGGCACCAGUCUAUGCAGCACCACCGGCACCAGUCUAUGCACCAUCACCAGCACCACCAGCGCCCACAUACUCCUCACCCUCUUGCCAGACACCCAUACGAUUGUCUCUGGUGGAUCAACCCUAUCGCGUGGCACCCGAACUAUUCCAGGAAUACAACUAUCGCUUGUCCCUAGCCGGUCAGGAUAGAUUAUGGUAGAUGGUUGAACUCUGGUUUUUAAAUACUCGAAACUGUAAAUAAAAUGUAUCAAACGCUG